AUGAGUCCUUACUGCGGCCUAGGCAGAGCUCGAUUUUUCGAGGCGCCAAAGGCUGUGGAGGGGAGGCAGGCCGAACCCGGAAAGAGGAAAUUACCGGUGGCAGGGACCUCCAAGGUGGUACCCCCUCCGAGAGGAAAGAGGAGGCGUGCGGAAACGCACGCAGCCUCUACCUCGAAGGAGAAGGGAGCACCAGGAGGGCCCACCAACCCUCCACCUCCGAGGGAGCCAUCACAGGGGCUUGAGAAAGCGAACUGUGAAGAAGGCAAACCUCGGACCAGUGGACGGGCUACGCCAACUCCUGGGGCACGGGGGAGACCCACGAAGAACCAGGAGUUGGCAAGGGUGGGGAGGGUCCUGUCUCAGAUCAGGCUAACCGACAUGGUAAAGCCUGGAGCAGAACCUACGGGUAACCCUCCUACGGGAGAGGGCGCAAAAAGGGACGGCGACAUGGCUGGCCCUUCUACGCAGGAUUAA